CCCACCGAGAUUCUCUGUCCGAGUGCGAUGAACCUGGCCGUACGCAGUGUCACGCUGCUCAUCUGCCUCUGUGGACUGGCUGGGAACGCAGCCGUCUUCUGCCUCCUCGGACCCUCCAUCCAAAGCAAGGCCAUCACUGUCUACAUCUUCCACCUGGCAAUCACUGACUUCGCCUGUCUCCUCCUCCUCCUCACCUACACCCUGAUUCUCCUGGUGGAGGACGUGUUCUGCUCCAUUAUCGUGCCCGAGCAGUACCUGAUUUUGCUUUCCCUGCCACUGCUAUUCUCCUACAUCCUGGGGCUGUACCUGAUGACAGCCAUCAGCUUCAGCAGGUUCAGGUCCAUCCUCUGCCCACUCUGCUGCCGCUGUCACCGUCCCCAGCACCAGUCGAAGGUGGUGAGUGCCAUGCUCUGGGCCAUCUCCACCACUGUCAUUCCCACGCUGACUUCCCUGUUCAUAUCAGACAACGCACAACGCUUCAUUGUGACUCUCACUGUCAUGAUCAUCUUAAACUUUCUCCUCUUUGUUACCUCCACGGUCAUUUCCAGCAUAUACCUCUUCAUUACAGUCAUGCGUGCCUGCCACCAGCAGCCACCUGAGAGGCUCGACAUCAUUAUCUUCCUCAUGGUGCUCUUCAGUCUCCCCGCUGGCAUCUGCACUUUUCUGCUUCUGUUCCGCUACAGUAUCUACCCCCCGGCUCUUCCCCUGUUUGUCUCCAUCCACACCAGCAUCAAACCCUUCAUCUCCUUCUUGGUGGGGAGGUGCUGCAGGCACCGCUCCGUGGGGUCUCUCCAGCUCUCCCUCCAGAGGGUCUUGGGGGAGCCAGAAGAAACCACUGCCCGCAGCAAUGCUGCUGCCAUGGGCAUGGCAGUCUGAGCCUGUUGAUCGCUUCCCCUGCACUGCUGAAGGACCCCGGGACAGUGGCUGAGGCUUUCCUCGAGCCACCUGAUUGAUUAACAAAUAUCCACAGGUUCGUCUUCCCGCGGUGUAAUCCUGCAGCAGAGGCAUGUGGGAGGGAAGCUCUGCAGGGAGCACAUUGGAGCAUGGCUUUCCUUCUCCCUCACAGUUCCUGGAGCACUAUUCCCCCAAAGGGUUCGUGCCCCACACAGCUGUGAUUCCUAAAAUCCCCGUGGCAUGGCUCCUGCAUCCCCCUGCAGUCUGAUAUCAAUAAACAGCUCCGUGAAACCUGAGCUGCCUUGGCUCCCUCUGCCGGCGCUCCCCGGCUGCCUCUGGCUCCUGCUGCCAGCCGGGAAUGUGGGUGGAGGGCGGGGACACGGCCACGGCUGGUGCUGCCCGGAGCCCCCGUGAUGCCGAGUGCCCGGAGCUGGGCUGGCACCGGCACAGGCGGCACGGGCAGGAUGGCCCAGGGGCUCAGCACGGCCCCGGCUGCUCCGGGAGUGCCACGGCAAAGAUGUGCCUGGUCCCGGCUGGAGCGGGGCAGGAGCGGGGCUGUCGGGGGGAAGGCGGCCCCGGGGGGGUCUGGGCGUGUGCGAGGGGUCAGGAGGGGUCAGGAAGGCUCUGGAUGCUGCCGAUCCCAAAUGUCCGCGCUGGAGAGCAGCAGAGCCCGACGGGCAGCGCUUCAAG